GUUUGCACGUAGUGAAUGCAGCUAAGUCAAGUUAUUAUCGGAUAAUCCAACUCCGUCGCCAACGUUUCGCCUCUCUCUCUCUCUCAUCGCCCUCUCUUCCCUUUUCUCAUUUUUCUUCAACUGAAUCAAACUUCGCAGCUACAUCCUUUCAAUCAAAGCUUUGGAUUGCUCUGUUUAAAUAAAUAAAACAGUAGUUUAGUUUUGUUGGUGAAUGGGUUCCUCUGAUGGAAGAGUUGCGUACUCUUCACUCUCUAAGCUAGAAAAAGAGAAAAAUCAUUUUGGUUAUGAUGAUAUGAAUCGCCGUGUCGAAUCUACAUGGUCUGAGCCUGAACCUGGUACACCAGGUGGCCCAUUAGCCGCAACAUUUACAAACCAAGAGAUAUCAUAUCAGUUUCCUUACGAGGGUGAUGACUUGUUUGAUGGAGGUUAUGAGUCGAACGAUGAUGCUCAUGGUGUUUCACAUUCUAACAUGCCUCCUGAGGUGAAUUUGAAGAAUGUGCUUUCUGGGAUUUAUUCUAUUUUGACCGGAAAAACCAAGGCUCCAAGUAGUGAUGUAAACCAUCUGUUACCGAGUUCAAAUGUAUCGUUUCUUGGUUCUGGAAAGAAUGGAGAUGUUUUCCUUGAUUCUUCUGUGUACACGCCGAGUGCACCGCCACUUUGUCUGCCAAAUGGAGCUGAAUAUAGUUCCUACAAGGAGGUCCUGGAAGCUGAACCACCUGAGUGGCUCCCUGAUAGUUCUACUACUGUUUGUAUGCAGUGUUCUGCUUCGUUUACUGCACUUACGCGGGGGAGACAUCAUUGCCGGUUUUGUGGGGGGAUUUUUUGUCGAAUAUGUACAAAGGGGAGGUGUUUAUUGCCUGUUAGUUUCAGGGAAAGGAAUCCUCAGAGGGUUUGUGAUACAUGCUAUGACAGGCUUGAUCCUUUACAGGGUGUUCUGAUCAACACCAUAAGCAAUGCUGUGCAAGUAGCUAAGCAUGAUGUCAUGGACUGGACUAGUGCUAGAGGGUGGCUUAAUCUUCCUAUUGGCUUAUCUAUGGAGCAUGAGAUAUAUAAAGCAUCCAAUACAUUGCAAAACUACUGCCAGGUAGCCAAAUCCAAUCCUGAGAGGUCCAUCCCUUUAUCUGUUCUCAAAAGUGCCCAAGGUCUAGCCAUUUUAACAGUUGUCAAAGUUGGUGCAAUGGUCUCUUACAAACUGGGUACUGGUUUGGUUGUUGCACGAAGACACGAUGGAUCAUGGUCUGCACCAUCUGCUAUAUGCUCCUUUGGUUUAGGAUGGGGUGCUCAGAUCGGUGGUGAACUUAUGGAUUUUAUAAUUAUUCUUCACGAUAUGAAAGCUGUGAAGACAUUCUGCAGUCGCAUGCAUUUUUCCCUUGGUGCUGGUUGUAGUGCUGCCGCCGGACCUGUUGGGAGAGUGCUUGAGGCAGAUCUUCGUGCUGGUGAUAGGGGCUCUGGCAUGUGUUAUACGUACAGUUGCAGUAAAGGUGCAUUUGUAGGAGUGUCAUUGGAAGGGAAUAUAGUUGCAACCCGGAUGGAUGCCAAUCUGCGCUUUUACGGUGAUCCUUAUCUCACUACAUCUGACAUUCUACUUGGCAUGGUGGACAGACCAAAGGCUGCUCAACCAUUAUACACCAACCUUCAUGAUUUAUAUUCGAGUUUACGUUACUAGGGCUACUACUCCAUGGUUUCAGGUGCAGAAUUACACCUUUCAUUCUGUCAGCUGCGAAUGGAGGUUCAAACACUGCUCAUUGUAUAUACGGUUCUAGUUCAUGCAUGCAUGGAAUUCUGAAAUGCGAUUCCCCUUGCCAAUUUGAAGUCCUUUAUAUUUGGUUCAUUGGGGGAUGAGAAAUCUAUGUGCUUACACUUAAGUUAUUAUACAUUACAACAGUACAUCAUGUUGUGAAUAUGUUAUUAUACUUAACUGUACAUAUAACAUACUACAUAAGACAACCGGUGAAACAUUUGAUGAAUUAUUUUAUCCUUGGUGAGGGGUUAUUCUGAAAUUGGAUUGUAGAUUCUUCAUGUUGGUAACGUGUACUUCAUAUUAUUUAAAUAUUAAUUCAUAUUAUACACA